GUUCAACAUCUCCGUAGUAGCGCUCGUAGUAGGCUCUGGCUCUGGAUGUCCUCCUAUCUUUUCCCUCCUCUCCCCCUACUCCAAGAGCUGUGAUCACGCGCGCGUGUGUUCGUGUGUGCGUGCGCGCGGGCGCGCGUAUGCCUCUUGUGCGUGUUCUACCCCCGGGGGGUGACACAUCCAUUCAUUCCGUCCAAAACCACCGGGCCACCACACGAGUGUUCCCAAGGACCCAUUCCCCUUGCGUUGAUUGAUCGUGUACGGGGGACUUGCUCGAGUGAGGAUUAGCAGUGAUCUGGCGACAAGUGGCAAGAAACAGAACCAAGGGAGAGACAGAUGUGAUGUUGUGAAGCCCAAAAGUGCACGAAAACGUAUACGCAGUUGAAGAAGCCUCUACGUACAUGCGCUCACACCAGCAGCAGCGAAGAAGAGAGGUGUGUGCACGAGUGCAGAAGAAAUCAAGAACCACCACACACCACACAGCAUCAGCAUACACAACAUCAGCACACCGUUGUUGAAUGUCGCUCUGAUUCCCGGCGGUGGUGGCGGUCUACGGUCUCGUCUCAAGCACCAUAAUUAACGAGCCCCUUCUUCUCGGUCGGCUACAGUGCGUUCGUUCGUUUCGGUCGGGGGGUCGAGCAACAUAUCGCCACCACAUUCCGUGCACCGCAUUCAUCACACAAGGCGAAGAGAAAGAAGAAGCAGUAGAAGUUGCUGGCCGUGAUCGCAUCAUCGUCGUCGUCGUCGUCGAUACUACCACCAGCAGCCCGUCACACCGUGCGGCUUACAUAUCGACGCGCGGCCAUCACUUCGAAGAUAUCUCGUGCGAGUACACCGUCCAUCCCGGUAGCUGUGGUAGCUAGCUUUUUGGUGCAGCAGCUUGAACGAUCAACACGGCAGUGGAAUCGCAGUGUGCCUGUGUCUUUAGACGUGCUUGUAUGUGUGUGUCUGUGGUGUGCUGAAGAGCCCGUCCUGUGGAAAAGAAGAAGAAAAGAGAGUGGAGUGUACCACAAACGGGGUGGUAAUAUAGCUCCGGGAGUACCCACAGAAAAGAAAGUUUCAAUUGAAAGAAGUGAAGCGCCGCUCAAGCCACAGCGGCACGGCUGGCUGCUGCGUCUAGCUGGCUGGCUGGCUGGCUGGCGAGGUAGUGGUGUGUGAGUACGGGAGCACUUCCUCUUCUUUCCUCACACAAUAGAAGUAGAAAAAUAAGAGCAAGAUGGGAGGGAGGGUGAGAAGUGAAGCAUAAAAAAGAAAAAAAAAGGAAUAGAAGAUCGUGAUCGUGUCAGUGUGGAAAGAGAAAGAGAAGAAGGGGGCUUGCUGGUUUGCGCGUGAUCGCGUGUUACCGAGAGGCUGUGUGCCUCGCGUUCGCGUUCGAAGCCCACCAAUAUAGAGGAGUAGGCAAAGGGUGGUGUGGUGUUGUCGUGGUGACGGUUGCCGUGCGGGUUACGCAACCGUGUGUGCGCGCGCGUGUGUGAAGAAAAGUGUCACAAUUAACCAGCAGCACCCAUCGGCCACCCUUUCCCCCCGUAUUUCUUGAAAACGCAAUAGCUUCCGGUGUUGCCCGAAGUGUGCAUUAUCAUCCUAUCCGAGUGCGCGGGCCUGUGUGUGUGUGUGUUUGCGUGUGAUUGUGUGUGAUGCAUCGAAGGAGAAUAGUGGUAUCUCUAGGCCAACGAUGAUGGUAGUUCGACCUCGUUCGGUAUCAUUCGAAUCGUUGUAUCGGUUCCUGUCACGCCACAUUGCUGUUAGUGCUAGUAUUCUGGUAGUAGUAGCCAUGGCAAUGCUGUCCCGGCUAGCUGCGAUCGAAAGAAAUCAUCAAAUUGCGGCACCAGCAUCAGCAGCCGACCUCGUUCCGUCCUCCACGCAUGAUCAACGCACCACUGUUGCUGCGGCUGAUGCAUCGCAGCUGACGACGUGACCGUCUUCGAUAUUAGAGAUACACAACGUCGACGCGCGCGUGUGUGUUAGUGUGUGGGAGUUUAUCUAGUGUUCCGAUCGUCCAGACGUCGAAGCGCCUACCAGAAUACUCGUCCAGGCUUUACUACUAGCCAAGAAGAGUCAGCUCCAGUCCAGUCCCGUUCAGUAGCAGUAACAAGAAAUGGAACCAUCACAAGGACCAGUAGCGGCCCCGGAAGAAGCGGUGGCCAGCGCGAUAGAGGAGGAACCCAAAUCAACGUUAGUGGUGGCCCCUAAUGCACCAUCAGUCUCACCAGCAUCACCCACGUCGGCACCAUCCACACCACCGGCGUCAGAGUCAUGUGGUCGCCGUGAAGCCGAACAAAUCACGAUCAUCACAAAGGAAGAAGAUCGUUCGAUCGCCUCAUCAGAAUCGGCACCGCUAGAAGCGGCAGCACCGAUCGAACCAAAAAAUGAAGAAGUAUCAGUAUCAGUUGCUGUGACAAAUGGGCCUGCAAACGAGCAGCAGUCGUCCACAGUGUCACCACUGGCAUCGUCAUCGUCAUCUGAAGUAAUUAGCACGACAGAGGUCGAAGCUGAGGCUGCUACGGCUCCAGCUACUGCAUCAGCACCAGCAUCAGCACCAGCGAUCGACGACGACAGUAUAGCGCGGUCUACGGCCGAAAAGGUGACCUCACCAACGUCCUCAACGUCACCACCACCCUGUACCGUGUCCGAGGUCGACAGCGAUACGAAGGUGCCUUCCACGCCAGAAUCAUCGACGGUGGUGGCGAGUACGGCGACGGCAGAGCCUGCACCAGUAGCCUCGAUCGAAUCGCCGGCACCGUCGGAACGUAUCGAGGAAGAGAAACCGUCGGCAGGGGCUUGUACGUCGUCAAAGACGACAACGACGACAAUGGCCGACGAGACGAGUGCCUCUAGUAGUUCUGUCCAAAACGACAAUGAAUGCUCUGACAAGGUGUCGGAUAGUGGAGGUCAAGCAGAAGCAGAAUCUCAAUCGACUGCUAGCGAGCUCAGUGCAUCGAAGGAGGACGGCCCAACGGAGGAUGAGGCCCGACCUGCUACGAUACCAGUAGCAGUACAAGAAACAAUAGAAGAAGCUGCUGCUCCAGUUACUACAACACCGGCAGCAGUGGUCGAUGUGAUAGAAGAGAAGCAGCCAGAACAGACCGAGAAAGAGCCCGCCGAGCUUAAGCAGUGCAAAGUGAACAAUGUGAUAGAGACUGAGUCUGAUGGUGCUGCUGCACAACAGAAGGGGCAGCAGUUGGAACAGGAAGGAGAAACACAUCGGAAUGAGUGCUCCUCGGAUGGUCCGAUUGCAAGCAGUACUACCACAACAACGACGACGACCACAUCGUAUCCACUGCCGAAUGAGCAAGUAGAAACCGAUACACCACCGGCUGUACCACCGGAACCGGACCCAGGACCACCAUCACCGGUGGCCUCCGAUGUCGUCAGCUCAGCCGGUACCUGCGUCGAAGCAAAGCUUCGAGAAACUCAAAGUGAAGCUGCUGCACCUACCGAGUGCGUUGCUGAAGCUAACAACAGCAGCACCAGCAGCACCAAUGUCGGGAUGGUUAGUAGCUUUGGACAACCUUCACCACCACCACCACCACCGCAACCGUCGAAAGAAGCAGACUGUGGAAUCGGUGUCAGUGGCGGUGUCAACCGUACCACCACCGGUGAGAGCAAGACCAUUACCAGUGCGGACGUGGCGAUGCUAUCGAGUGCGUCGGUACCUUCGGCCCGCAAUCCGUUACAAUUCACGGACGUAGCGAACGAUGAGGUCGAGCUGAAGGUUGACGGUGGCCAUCUGCUGGAUCGUGUGAUUAAACACUCGCUGAUGCGCGGUCUCCAGGAUAGCGGUGAACGGUUGGCCAAGAGCAGUCUCAUCAUUUCCGGUGCUGCUGCCGCCGCUAACAACAACGGUGGUGGAGAGGGAGGCGUACACGGUGAGGCCACCCUCGCCACCACGUCCUCGCUGAGUAAAGCGAAAAGUGCGGCCGCCGCUGCCGCCGGUUUAGCUGGGCGGUUGGUUGAGGCUGAUCACAAGACAACGCCUCCGGCACUGCAGCCGGCGAACGUUACCGAUGGACCAAUGGCCGCCACACCACGGUCCGGGAGCAGCACCGUGAUGGUUAAUGGUGGUCGGGCAAGUAGUGAGGGUACAGUCCAGGAGGCCAUGUCCACCAUUAGUAGCAGUACGAAAGACGUUCAGGAAGAGAUCGGUGCCACGGCUGGUGGCAGUAGGAUACGACAUUCAAGUGAAACGAGUGCCGCCAGCAGUCCUUCCAGUGCCGGCGAAGGAGGAGGAGGCGGAGGCGGUACACGGUGUAGUAGCAACAACAGUAGCAACAGUUCGCUGGACUUUCGAGAAGAGAUGCCGAUUGUGAUGGAGAACCAUCGGAAUGCCACGCAACCGAUCACCACCGGGCUGAACGAGCAUCUUCCGGUGAAAGCCCGGAAACCCCAAUACUACGCUAGUAUACCGGACUUUUCAAAAACUCAACCACAGUUCUCCUCUGCUACCACCGCGAUCAGCACCUCGAUGCCUUUCGCUAGUUCCUCUGGAGCUGGCUCCGCGAUGACGGCAACAACGACCACGGCCACAACGGCAACCACGAGCGCCACAACAACACCAACGUCGUCUACCAAAAGUCUGACACAGCUACAUGUGAAAACUCCAGACUUUAGCCGGCUGGUUUCAACACCUGCUUCUCAGGCAGCACCCUCAGCAGCAGCAGCAGCGCCAUUACCACAGCAGGGGACGUCGACGGGUAGUACGAUGUUGGUGAACAGCACACCUCGCAUGUCGUCGUCGCCAGCCUUAAAAUCGACGAGUGAGCUGAAAAUCUCGAAUCCGGACUUCUCGAAAGGGUUCGCUAGCCAUCACUUCCAGGGGCAUUAUGCUGCACCGAAGACAGGAAUCGCUCCCGGUGCCGGACCGUCAUCUCACGUCCCGACGAUCUCGCCAGACACGUUCAGCAAGCUGAUCAAGGAGCGGAACUAUAUCGAAGAUUUGCAGCUAAAGAACCCCGCCGCGCCACUACAACCAUCACUUCCACCGCCAUCGUCGAUUACGAUUGGAAGUUCUACUUCCACUUCGUUGCCGUACCAGUCCGAGGUGGACGGUAGUAGCAGUAGAGUCGAUACGACUUCUGGUGCACCAACCGGGCACCACAUGCUAAAGAAGCGAUCGUUGUAUGGAGCAGCAGCAGCAGCAUCAGGUUCAUCGUCAUCAGCAGCAUUCUACACGGAGAAUCACGAUCCAAAGGCACAUGUGAUAGCGAAGGGAGCAGCAGCAACUGUAGCUCCAGUUCCUGCUGGUGGUGCCGGAAGUGCUCCAAAAACAUGGAAUCCACCAGAGUUUAGUAGCAAACACUUUAUGUCUACGCAACCAGCUGCUACUGCCGGUGGUGCUGCUCUUCCGUCACGCCACUCAAAUGGUGCACCAUCCUCACCCUGUUCCCGGGAUCCUUCACCAUCGUCAUCUUCGUCGUCACCUCGACCGGGAGGUAGUUAUGGUUCGGGUCCGGCAGCUAAAUCGGGUCCAUCAUUACCAGAGCAAAGGAUCGUCGUGAGUAACGUACGGACGUACUUUCCGGAGCCGCAUCUAGCAGCGCCCAUGGCACCAGCUACCACUUCGUCCGGAUCUCACUACGUUAGUGGUAUUGCCUUACCUAAGGUGAAGGAUCCUGAGUUUCGAUUGGAUCAUAAGGAGCAACAGCUGUUGCAGGAGGGUACCACGAUUAAAUCGGUCAAGCAUCACCACCAGCAGCAGCAGCAUCAUCAGCAACCACCACAUACUCCCUACUCAUCACAACGUGUCGUUCAGCAGGCUCCUCCAGUUCCGGCGCCGCAUCGGCCACGAUCACCGUCGGUCGAACGGCGUGAAGCACAGAUGAUGCAGCACUCGCAAGAUAUCGUCUACCGGGACUAUCGGCAACAUAAACGGCCACAGCAGCCAACGACGGCGGUUCUAGCCACAGCGGCCUCACCAGCACGACAACCGCCAUCAUCGUACGAUGCGUACUAUCAAGCAAUGGCCCAGCAGAGGUCAGGAUCAGGAGCUGCAGGAUUUAUGCAUCCACCACCGGCGGUGAGUUGGCCACAUCAGCAGCAGCCGCCUGUUCCAGCAGCACUGGCACAACGAGGCAUAGUGCGCAGUCCGCACGAUAAUGGUGCGAGUCCGAUCUCUUCACCUUCUUCGCUAACAGCGCAAACGUCUGGUGGUGGUGGUGGUGGCUCAACGCCAAGUCCAAACCCUCACGGGUACUAUAAAAACUCCCCUAGCCCGGUGUCCGGAUCGGCUUAUGGUACGGCGUCAUCUCCUGUUCCCUAUGGACCAGCCGGUGGACCACCGCAGCAGACGACCACCAGUCACAGCUACACGUCUCAGCAUCACCUGCCACCAAGUAUUCCAUCCGUAUCGCCUUACGAAGCGGACUCGCGCCAUGCUCAAUCAUACCAUCAACAGCAACAGCAGCAGCAGCAACAGCAGCAGCAACAGGGUGGUAAAGUGGUAGCAUCUUCCGGCUAUAAGGCAGGUCUGGACUACAAUAUGGAGCAAAAGUUCGCCGAGGUCUACCAAACCCAUCAACUGCGCGAGAAGCAGGCCGCCGAAGCGGCAGCAGCCGCAGCAGCAGCUGCAACUGCAACGGCAGGGACGGGACCUCACGGAAGACAGCAGCAACCAAGGAGUGGUUCAACGGUGGGACCGUCGUCCGGUUACCCUGGUUAUGAUCCAGCGCAACCAUCGUACCGUCCCUACCCUUAUCAUCCUUCUCCGCAUCCUCAAUCACAGGCGACUCCUUCGCCAUCUUCGACGCCAUCGCCUGUACCGUCACCGCAGCAUCAUCCUCGUAGACCCUCAACGGUUGGACCGCCUCAAUCGCCGCGUGAUCCAUCACCGAUUGGCCAUCGGUAUGCUUCAAGCGAACAUCAGCAGUAUCAUCAUUCGACCGGGUCAUCAUUAUCCGGACCAGGGGCACUACCACCACCGACGACGGUGUAUCUGCCGCACACUAAACUUCCGGCAUCGGGUCAUCCAAAGACGACGAUGGGCAGUACAUCGACACCUGGCUCAUACCAGACGCCACCGACCUCUUCCGUCCCCUAUUCGAUGGGUAGCGCACCGUAUCCGGUAGCUAAUACCACGACCUCAACAACAGUGGCUGCUGCUGCACCCCAGGGGCCACAUCAUCAUCAUCAUCAACACCAGCAACAUCAUUACCAACCUCCAUUGGUUCACCAGUCGGUGAUUAGCAAUGCGUACGAUCGGCAGGCAGCUAACUACGGAUCGGGUCCGGGUAUGAAGCCUACUCCGUAUCCACCUGGCCAGCUGCCGAGUGGUUCUUCUGCAAGCUACUAUCCAUCAGCAGCAGCCGCUCCAGGCGCGGCGCCAUCACAACCACCAGCAUCACUGGCCAUUCAAUCUCCGGUAAUACAUCCGACGAUGGUGGUACCUUCGGGAAGUAAAAACAUCCCCGUAAGAGUUAUAGCGACGGCACCACCGGCUUCUGCUCAACCUCAAGUGCCAGCAACAGUACCAGUACCACCGUCUACAUCGGCAACAGCAGCUGCAGCAGCACAACCACCACCACCACCACGGGAAGUCACGCCAACCGAGCGCGCAUCGGUAGUCGCUCCACCAACAUCAUCGAUGACGACGACGCACAGUGGACCGAAGCGUGAGUCUCCGCUGGAUCUGUCGGUUAAGACGGUUAAAACGAAGGCAGAUUCAACGGGAUGUGAUGACUAUGGGGCCAGCAGUAGUACGAGCUGCAGUAGCACUAGCAGCACCACCAGCAGCAAUGGCGGCCGGACCGACCUUCUACCGAAGCUGGACUUUAAUCCAAAUUUCAAGAAACACAUUCCACCGUCACAUCACCACCAACAUCAGCAUCAUCAUCAGCAGCAGCCGCAACAGCCGGUAGUACCGCCAGGACGCGGUGCUCCGGUGCCGGUGCUUGUUGGUCCUCAUGCUUCUUCGCCAUCCAACCACAUGAAUCCCCCGGGGCAUGUACCGUAUCAACCGGCGGCAGUACAGCCACCGCCGCGUCAUGUUUCUGUGAUUAGUCCGGCCAUACCGCCCGGUUACGAUAAGAAGACGGAUGCGUACAUGUCGGCCAAUUAUAGGGCCGUCGGUGGUCCGCUCGUUUCGUCCGCACAUCAGUACUCGUCCUCGGUCACAACGACGCCGACCAGUACCAACAGCAGCGGCAGUUCGGUGGCCAGCAAAAGCGUCUACUAUCCACCAUCGUCUUCAGCUACCCCAAGCAAGUCCAGCGCUCCACCUACCGCAGGCAGUAUCGUGACAGGAGUGGCGGGUUCUGGCAACCGGCAGCAACCAGCGGCAGCUGGCGACGAUCCCCGUCUGGAGGAUCGACGUCUGGUGGAGAGUUUACUGAAAAAGCAAACAUCACCAUCGUCCGACGUUAUGGCGGAGCUGCAAUCCGGUAAAUUUCCAUCACGGCUUCCCCAGAACAUGGUCCCGAAGAAGCGAGCGGCGGCGGCUGCAGUGGCGGCCGCAGCCGCUGCAGCUGCAGCUGCAGCAGCCGUCGAAGGCAAUACUCCACGUUCUUCGGCCUCAAUGGUUGGUAGUGGUAGUGUUCCAACGCCACCGAAAGUGGCCAAGUAUGAAGAACCUGGACGAACGGACCCAACGGUACAAGGUCCACCGGCCGCGACGCCAUCAGCACCUCCACAGCAUGGUGUUCCAGGGAGUGGUUACGAUCCUGCACAUGCCUAUGGUUACUCCCGGAACAAUACUCAACCGAGCUAUCAUGGGCCUUCAACAUCUUCAGCGCCGGCCACCAGUGCUCCAGCGAACUAUGGAACACCGGAAGGCGGUCCAGCGCAUUACUCAACAGGAUCGUCCAUUCAUGCUUCCGUCAUUACGACCAACUAUCUCCAUCAUCCUCCUCCAGCACUGCAGCAGCAACAUCAGCACCAACCCCAACAGCACCAUUACAAUUCCGAUAUGCGCUUUUACCAACCACCAGCGUCGUCGUCGUCGUCGUCAUCGUCGGCGGUGAGUUCGAAGGUUCACCGGGACGAUCCUCCGCUGCUCUAUCAUCAUCAGGCCCAUCUGCGUGGUGGUAGUGUGGCUCCGUAUUCAGUUGAAGAACGAUCUGCUCCGUACGCGUUCUACCCUCCCAAGGGAAUGCCAAACGCAGCCGUGGAUCCCGGUGCCAGUCAGCACUAUCCGGAUCAACGCCAGCGUUACGAUGUUCCGACACAAUUGAAAUCUCCAGCGUCGGUGGAGCAUCAGUCUCACCACCUUCAAUACACGAUGGCUGGAUCGGCCAACACUCCACCGCUACCGUACGUACGUCGCACGGAAGGAAUGGAGCAGCAUCAAGCGAACCAUCAUGGUCCACCAGGUCCACCAGGUCCACCAGGAAUACAACAUCCCUAUCACUCUGCUUCGAUGAUGCAGCAGCAGCAACAGCAUCAUCAUCAUCAUCAUCGAGGAGCCGAUCAAAUGGUAAUCUCGAAGCUUCGCACCAGCCUUGAAAUGAAGGAGUACGAGAAGCAGCGAGCCAGUCAACAGCAACAACAGCAACAUCAGCAUGAACAGAGGACAUCCGAGGAGCAUCAUUCGACGGUGGCAAUCCAGCCACAACAACCACAAGCGAAUGCUACGGCUGCGAAUGGACGUUCCGAACCGAGUAAACCCGGAACGGGACCGCCUCUAUCGCUUCAAAUGCUUUCCCCAAUUUCGGUCCCAUCCGGUCCAGGUGCCGCUGCAGGAGCAGCAGCAUCCGAGCUGACAAGCUCGCCAACUUCCCGCUUUCGUACCAAGGGUGAGCUGAAGGGAUUCAUCCCCCUGCCAGCGGCGAUACCACCGAGUGUGAACAUUCCUUGCGCCACGGUCGAACAGCAGCAGCAGCACCUAGUGAAGAAGCAAGAGGAGAAACCCGUGAAAAACGAGGAAGGGGAUGAGGUGGCGAUAGCACCACCGGCCGAUCUCGACGGUGCUUCACCGCUGGACAUCCUGGACUGGGGCAGCACUUGCAACGAGUUUGUGGAGCAGCUACAGACCGGCAAAAAGCGUGGCCGACGAAAAAGACCGCCAGCUGCUGCAGCCUCUUCCACCAUGUCGUUGAACAACGUUGGAAUUCAUGAUGCUGCUCUCCGAGAGGUUCCUGAUGGACCGACAACAACAACGAUGACGACAGCGGACCUAUCGGCGGUACCGCGUGAUGUGCUGAACAGUGCGCGUACGGUGCGUACGAGCAAAGACAGUGGAAGUCACAGUUCGAGCGACGAGGAUAAACCGCUGGUGCUGAUCCGGCAAGAGUCACUGCGUACGAUCUGCGAUACGACGGCCGAAAAGUUGACGGAAAAGAUCGCUCGGAAUAUGCGGGAAAAGCAGCGGCUUCAGUCGGAGCAGAAGCACGAGGCCAAGCUGGGAAGUCCGAGCAGCUCGGACAGUGAGAUGGCAUCGGGAGCGAUCGGAACAGCAUCGUCGGUGGCUCCCUUUGGUCGAAACCGUGCCCGGGUGAAGGCACGCGUGCGGAAACUACGGAACCGCGCGACCGUCGCUCUUCGUUCGUCCGAUGAGGGAGAAGAUGAUGAUGGUGUUGGGGAGCAGACUCGUCGUGGUUCCCGCGUGAAGCGUUCUGGCUCCCUGGAACGCACUGAGGACGGUAUUGGAAGAGCGAAACGUUUAAAGCGUCACUCGGCGGCCUCUUCUCCUCCUCGGUCUUCCUCUUGUGAGUCUUCGUCGGAUUCGGAUCGAGAGGAUAGGCCAUCUUCAUCUGGACGACGCCGACGGCGUCGUCGUCGUGCCAGCCGAGGAUCAGUAGCACCUGCUGGCAGUAGCGCUGGCGGUGGUGGUGGUACGGUCAAGCGGGCACGCUGUCAAAGCGGCGGUUCCGCCAAACUCCGUCCAGAUGCCAGCGAUCUCAGCUCGGACGAUGGAGACUCCAAACCCACACGGACGUCAUCAUCUAAGAGUGAGACUCCGCUCACGCAGAGUGCGGCCGCAGGUACAGCACGAGGCGAUUCCGGUGUCUCCGGAGCUCGAAAGCGUGAUGGAGGGGCUGGAGGAGGUGGGGGAGAUGUUACCACAACCGAUGGAAGCAAUGGAAAGAAGGCUGCUACACACCAAGAAGCAACCACCACGACGACAGCAACGGCCAAGUCCGGGUCCGGACGCACGGCCAACGGAAGCGCACGCCGUGGCGGUCGUUCGCGAACGAUCUCUCGCUCGAAACCUCAAUCGUCCUCCUCUUCAUCGGGUUCAUCUUCCUCCUCAUCCUCAUCAUCCUCGUCGGCUUCAUCGUCGUCGUCUUCGUCCUCCGAAUCGUCCGAAUCGGAAUCGGAGGCCGGCGAUCGUGAAACAAUGACACGAUCGCGCAGCAAACGGGAAGCGGAACGUCGCCGUACCAAUAGCAAGGUAUUGCGGAACGAUAAAGUGAUCGAAGUGACACCGGAGGCAACGACGACGGCGGCAUCUCAACGUUCCAGUCGUACCUCGGCUGGAAAGAAAACGGGAAGCAAGAGCAGAGGAGGGAAUAAGCGACCAAAAGUGAUGAACGGUGAUACAUCGACUCGGAGCAGUAAACGAAGUAAACGGAACUCGAGCGGUCCCGGAACUGGGUCACAACAGCAACAACAACAACAACAUCAGUCGUCGGCUUCAAAAAACGCGCUGGCGAGCUCCUCGGUGGACACGGACGCCGACGCCGGGGAGACUGAUCAUGAUGAAAAAGCGAAGAAGAAGAGCGCGGCCGCCACCGCCGCUGCCGAGCAACUCUCGGAACGGUUACGAUCACGCCAGAGAGAGAAGAGCAAAUCGACCACAGCGGCCGAUGGUGGUGGUAAGGUGGCCUCACGCCGUGAGAGUACGUCCACGCAAAGCAAGAGCGGUAAAGGUACUAGAGGUCGUAAGCUAUCGAAAGACGGAUCACUCGAUCCAUCGGCCGCCAGCGCUGUCCGGCAACCGGUAGCCGAUCACUUCUAUCCCGGUUGGGAAAAGGCCGUGUACGAGUACAAGCGUUCGCUCAAGGUACCCCCAGAACUGAUCACGAUCGAUGGUCGGUUGUAUAUGCACCGGAUCUCCACUUCACUCCCGGAUCUCGAUUCACCGCAUCAUAGCGACGGUUCGGAGACGUUUUCCGAGAUCGUGCAGAAGAUUAACCAGCAAGGAUCGCGGCUGAAGGAUGCCGUCGUCGGUGGUGGAUCGGUCUCGCUGAAGCGUUCCAGAUCGAAGGUGGCCGCUAAAACGCCCAAGAAGCAGGCAGCUUCCACUAAGCAGCAGCAGCAGCAGCAACAAACCGGCCAAACGAAUGCAUCCGCUCUGGGAACCCAGAAGCAGAAGGAUGAUAACAAACGAUUCAACUCGAUCAUCGAGGUACUCCAUCGGCGCUUGCUGCAGUCCCCCUCGCUGAUCGCGGCCAAGGGAGGCGCCAACAGUAUCGUCGGGAUGGUUGGACGACAGAAAGGAUCAUCGAAGGGCACCAGUAAAGCGAAUGCCGCCGUGGCCAGCGUCAACAACAACAACGCUAACGAGGGUUCGAUGGGGACGAAGGCAAAAUCCGAGUACGAGCUGCUGCCAACGCCAGGAACUAACGAUCCGGAAUCGCUGUUUAGCAAAAAUCGCAAGAAGAAGUCGCUGUUCGAUACGGCCAUCCUGAAGUCACGCACACGCACCGAGCAGAAGGCAAUGCAGAGCAAGGAAAUCAUUCGCGAGGUGUUCGGUGGGGAUGAGGAACGGCCACAAUCGGCACCACCGCUCGGUGAGAGCCGAGUGACGUACGACGAGCGGUACGAGCAGCUGAUGCGUAACGUGGAUCGGAUCAUGGUAGAGCUGGACGGCGGUAGCACUGUGGCGCUAAAGCAGGAACCGCUUGAUGUCGAAGAAGCUGAGGAGGAAGAGGCGGAAGAAGAAGAAGAGGAUGAUGAUGAGGAUGAGGAGGAAGAGGACGAUGGUCAAUCGGAACGCUACACACCAUCGAUCGCUUCCGAGCGUGAUCUGACGACACCAUUACCAUUCAAACCGACCACGACGACACCGACAUCAUUGACUCCGGUUCCUGCUCCCGACGGUAUCACGAAUGGCUGCGGUACUAGCGGUACGGGUUGCUGUCCUGGAUCGGACAAGAAGGCAGGAUGCCGAGGACGCCGUGGUCAUCGUACGUCGCGCCGGAAGGGUAGCUCGGGGUUUGAUUACAUCCGGAAAAAGAAGAAACCCUCGCAGCAAACUCAACAUCACCAUCAUCAUCAUCAUCACCACCACCAUCAGCAGCACCAAAAUCAGCAGCAGGGUGGUUGUGGUUGCUGUGCUGAGCAGCGCAGGAAGGCGGUGUCCAUCUUCGAAAACCUCGAGGUGAAGGAUGAGACGCACAUCCUUAAGGAGAUACGCAGCUGGGUGCUAAACAAGGGAGUCGGUGAGAGUGUCAUGCAUAAGGCGGCUCGAGCGGGUUACACAGACGUGAUUGUGUAUUGUCUCGAGCGGCUCAAUAUGGAUCCCGAUUUGAAGGAUAACGCCGGUUACACGCCGUUGCAUGAAGCUUGCGCCAAAGGUCAUCUGGACAUUGCCCACUAUCUGCUGCGUUACGGUGCGAGCCACUCGGAAUCGGCCCCGUCCGGAAUGCGGCCCCUGCAUGAAGCGGUCGAGAAUUCGUUCAUCGAGAUCGUACGGUUGCUGCUGGCGUUCGGUGCUGAUCCGACGAUGAGCACGUACGCUGGCCUUAGUCCUGCCGAGCUGGCCGAAUGUGACGACAUGCGGCUGUUCCUUGAUGGCCAUCUGCGGGAUGUGCAAAGCGUGGCUCCGAACAAGAUCGCUUGGCGGUUUGAGGGACCAUGGAAGAUAUAUGAUCCCGAAGACAGCGGAUGCAACGUGUUUGACGGCAUACCGGGUUUCGACGAGGAGAUGGAAGAACCCGUUGCCACCACUGCCAUCAGUUCAACCGGCCAAGAGGUGACGACGGCACGGGCUAAGGGGCGGUGCGAUUCAAACUUCAACUUCAUACGCCGUGGUAGUAUCGGUAAUCACCAAGAUAGUGGAGCAGUGAAUGUUGUCCAGCGCAAGAAGAACGGUACGGUGGACGGUAACAGUAGCGCACUGGCUGACCGGGGAACUAUAGAUGGUGAGCUGAGGAAUGGGCGUGUGAAGCGAGAUACACGAAAGGACGAUGUGAAAGCAAAUGUCAGUCUCGUUAAUGGUGGCUCGAAAGCUCACGCCGUGAAAACCGAGUUUUUAAACGGUGAAACCGAGCAGCAUGCGGAACGGGAUGAUUUGCAUCUGCCAGAUGGAAUCGAAGGUGCUGGUAACGAUGGUAACGGAGCAGACGGUGGUGUCACCGGCGGAGCCAGUAACAACGAAAACGAUCAGAGCUUGCUGUUCGAGUACGAAGAGGCCGAUCGUCCGCUACCACCACUGUAUGUACUGAAGGAUGAGAACCACGAGCGGUGGAUGCUGAUGAACGAUCUGUGCACCUUUCUCAAAUUCAAGUCCAAGGAAGCUGUACUCAAACAGAUAUGUCCCAACAACACUACGAACAAUCAGCGCGAGCUGAUACGUGAAAUGAAGAUCGACGAGUUCUUGGCUCGCUCACACUGUCUCCAGCUGCUGUGUGCGGGCGAGAAGCUCAACAUUCACUCGUCGAAGGUGGUGCUAGUGAAGUACAACGACAGCGUGCGAAAUCUGCUACAGGUGCAGAGCUUCGUGACACGCAUCUAGCUGUGUAGAUUGCGCGGGGAGUUGCACGAAAGGAAGUGACAGUGAAUUGCCUUACAACCAUCGAGCAAAGCAGCAGGAACGAAUCUUGGUAGUGGCGGAAUCGGUGUUGCAUGAAUGCGUGAAUAGGAAGCUGGGUAGGAGCAAGAAAGUGGCGGGCAAGACUGGUAGACAGUGUGUGAACACGUGGUAGACAGUGUGUGAGUUUGUGUACGAGACAAGCAUGCAGGCCUGCCGCUGCCACGUUCACCGCAGCAACGGAAAGACUUUCAUACUUCACAGCAUCACAGCAGCAGUAGUACGUGCAUACAAAUAGCAAAUUGGCGAAGAGACGGUAGCCAAGAGGAGAGUAGAGAAAAGUAAAUUAUUAAUUUCAUUUUAAAGAAUAGCAGUAAGAAUCAGCGAGGUUUCAUCACAGACCGGCGAAACGAUCACACAACACACAAACUGUGCGAAUAGCGACAGAGCAAUCAUUUGUUAGUUGUUUCAUUACUUAAAAGUUAGCAGGCUAUUUUAUGUGGCGCUUUAAAAUGUCGUAAUAAGCGUUGUUUCACAUUACGUUGUAUUUUCAAUUACUCCUGAGUUAUAUUGUUUUAAUUUGUUUGAUUUUCAAUUGUCCCUGUCCCGUCUGCUAGCAAAUAGUUUAGAGCAAAUUCAGUAUAAGAUUUAGCGAUGAGAGAGUACGAAAGCGGUUGGCGUCGGAACACAUCGUUACACAUAUUUAAUCCUAGCUCCAUUCCUUUGAUCUUUGUUUUCACAUUUGUGUAGCACUGUAAUUAGCGCGGUACUGGUAUUAUAAUCAAACGUUUACUAAUUAAUUAUCCUGUUUGUUUGUUUUUUAUGUGAACGCGGGACCACCGUAUUUAUUCAACUCGUCCUCCCUCCUAUUCCCGUUUGUGGGAGUGGUUUGUUGGGACGCACUCCGAGUCCCCCCCUUAGGAGAUUCCCUUUGUAGUUAAGUUAAGCAUGUGUUAGUGCGUUUAAAGGACUGUCCGUAGCAGUAUGUUAACUAAACGAAUUGUUUUUUGCGAGUGUGUGCGCGUGUCAGUGUGUGUUUUAUAUAUCCUCUCGUUUUCCAUUAACCUUUCUCCUCUAAGUCGUUUAAGUAGCUAACAAUUGCAUAUAGUAUGGUUUAGAGUACUUUAGAUUUUAAUUUUUAUAAGCUAAAAUGCUGAUGAGAUGAACACGUGAUGGCGAAAUAUGCAAUAUGAGAUAGUAGGAAUUGUGGUAUGUUCCUAUGCUCACGUCACACACGCACGUGUUGGAGAUACUCGAAUAACGGAACACACGAAGGUGUAGGAGUCCUGGUAAUAUCCGGGACCUGUUGGAAACUGUGCGAAACCCUAUCCCCCUCCUUCCCAUUUGACUGACACUUCGUUUUAUGUUCUCCCCGAAAAACGUUUUGUUUGUCUGUUUGUGGUCCUGUACCAGAUAGGUAGCUAUGAAGAGAAUUGGAAGGAAAGGGAUUAGCGAAAUGGUUAAACUAGCGAAUUUGUGGUAAGCCUCGCGACUACCGCGCAACGAAGUGCAAGGAAAGGACCAGUAGGAAGGUUGUUUAGGAAAGGAUUAGGGUUUUUAUAGAACGAAUCACGCCAAGGCUAAUGAUGAGGAUUGGAUUGGGCACGGAUUGUGCAUCUGUGGAAGCAAGUGGGUAGUAGAAGAUGAGUAAUCGCCUGACGAUUGUUAUUUUGUUUUCAUUUUGCUUUCAAUUUUCAAAGUGCAAUCACAGAUUGGGCAGAAGUUUUAAUAGAAUGCGAAAGCUGCGAUAAGGAAAUGCAUAAAAAGCAAGAGCGCGUACGUGUGAGUGUGUAGAGGAUGACGAUGUUACUACAUUUUAUUACACAUUGAAUGUUUGAUAAAAUAUACAACAACUGGACAGUGCACCCCAAUUAGUUGAACGAGGGUAUGCGGUGAGGGUGCCGACCCCUAGAGGACCGAGAGUGAGAGAGGCUUGGAAUGGAGAAGCAUUAUGUUGCGUGCGGGAGGAAGUAACAUAGAAACCAAAACUUGUGAUGAUUUUCGAAACGGAAAAGAAAAGUAAAACUCAAAAGAAGAAUCGUUUAUUAUAGAGAGAGAGAAAUAGAGAGACAGAGAACGAUGGAUCCGAGAAAGAGGUGGAAAUGUGAACACAGAAACAACUGGCCGAGAUGAACAAUAUUAUACAAUUUGCUAAGCGUAAAUGGUACUACGGAUAGGAGAGAAACAGCUGGCGACUUAUAUUCCGGCCGGCCGAGGGUGACUGUGGGUUGUCGUGCUGGUGCAUAAAGCAUUACUGUAGAGCACUGGCCCAGCCCUCCUUACCCCAGGAAAUGAACGGAAAAUAUAUUCGAAACAAAAGUAACUGUUGCUCUCG